AUAUAUAUUACAUAUAUAUAUAUACCUCUAUAUAUAUAAAUAUCCUAUUCUUGAAUGUGGUUGUUAUGACUAUUCAUUCUCAACUGAAACUUGAACCUUGUCUGGCACGUCUUGGAAUUAUGCCUGAAGAUAAACCUUCUUUUAUAAAGGAAGUCUACGCCGUUGACGAUAUCGACAUACUACGAAAAUUACUUAUUGAAAAAGAAAGAGAACGACAAAGUGUAGCUAACGAUCUCGAUGUAGCUGCACGACUUGGUCUAGUCAUCUCAGAAACAAACGAAGCAAUUCAAAUCAAGUUGGCUCAUCUGGAACGAGAAAACCAAGAAUUACAAGAUGCUUUGGUCUAUUCACAUAACAACCAAUCUAUAAACGACAGUAACUUGCAUCACCAAGGGGAUUUAUUGGACGAUGAACGACAACAACUUACAGACGAGUUGAAUCAGGCACGCCAGGAACUGACGAAAUUUCGAAAUGAAAUGGAUGUACUUUCUGGACAACUUAAUGAUAUGGCCGCUGAAAUGAUAGACUCUAAGUCACGGGUUAGUCUCUAUGCGAAACGACUUGCUGAAGUUGAACACAAACUUACUACAACUCGAGAAAUGAACACCAAUCUUCAAUCAUUAUUGGAAAAAGCUCUCACCUCUCAAAAACAAUCAAGCUCUACUACUUCACACUUGGUUAAAAAUAUACAGGCCGAUCUAUUAAAAGUGAUUACGGAAAAUGAUCAAUUACGGGCUCGUAUAGCUGAACUGGAACAUCAACAACAAGAAUGUGAAGAACGUCUUUCAACUAUGGUGGCCCAAGCUCAAGAGUAUGCUUCUUUAUUGGAACAAGCUCAAAAUACGAUCCACAAUCUUAGUGAACCCAGGUUAGAUGAUGAUGAUCUCCUUGAAAACGAUUUAUAUAGCACCUCCUUAUCAUCUUCCAAUUGGGAAGGUACUCAAAUCUCAGGUAGUAAAGAAACCGAAGUGACAAAGGGUGCCGUUUUUUCUGUUGAAUUUAGACAAGAAAUGCAAAAGGAAAUAGAACGGAAUCUAAGUAUACGGAAUGAAAUUCGACAUCGGAUCAUCACUGUAGAUAAUCCAAAUGUAGCAACCGAAAAGAAGAAGAAGAAAACAGCUCAAGAAGGAUUAAAGUCGUUAUUGGCAGAUCGUGAUCAUGGAUUACUCACCGCAAGCACAUCUAGCAGUACAGCCAACUCCUCUUCAGCUACAACAAAUAUGUCAAAAUCAUUCAAGCUUAAAGAUGACUAUGGAAUAUCACAACAGACUGGCAACACAUCAUCUCCUCCACCACAUGUAGCACCAACUAUGAAUACCUUACGACCUGCUAACUUCCUGACUGGUUUCAGUGGAUUUGGCAAUGAUAACAGUAAUAAUAUUGGCUUGAACGGUAUCAAGGGCAACAAUCAUUUUAUGACAAGAGGACGAUUUACUUCAUCACCUUCUUCUAUUGUCCACAAACCCCGCUAUUACGACCAUAACAACAAUCAACCAAGUUGGACACAAGAACAAUUCAAGUCAAACUAUUCUCUCGACAAAUCUGUUCAAAAACAACGUAUCUCGCGUCCUAAACAUUAUAUUGAAAAGUCAGAUCGUCAUCAGACACAACAACGAAAUUCUCGUUUUCUAUCGUCUUCUCCUACUACCUCAAUCACAAGUUCCUCGUCGUAUCCAAACGCUACUCCCCCAACAAGAUGUACACCUUCACCAACAGAAAAACCGACUAUCAAACCUGAUCACUCUGAGUCAGCAACGCUAACCCAAACAACCAGUGUCACAGCAUCGCCUGAAGAAUUUGUCUUGUUACUUAUUUCAACUUACAAGCAUUCCGAUCAAUUUAUUGUUUUAAAGGAUAGUGGUGUCACUCCUUAUUUAUUUCAACCUUUGGCCGACAGUCUUGCUCUUUGUAAUAGUGACCCCUUCUCUUGGAUCCAGUCUGUAUUGGUGGCUUUGGGUAGUUACUUCACAACACAUCGAAAAACGAACCGUGAGUUGACUCCAAAAUUUCAAAGGUUAUUGGUUCAAGCGAUAUGCCGUGGAUUGGAAAUAUAUCUUGAAAAUACUGCAACUCUACAACACUCUGGAAAACAACAAAUUGAAGAACCGGAUUUGAUUGUCGAUGAUGAUGAUGAUGUAACCAACUUUACAACAAGUAAUCAACAACAAGCAACUCCAAUCAAGCUUUCAAAGACCAGUACGACAACUGACAACAAUAUUGAUUUCUUUUUUGAUGAUUUCAACAACAACAACAAUGAUGAUGAUGGUGAUAACUGUAGUGAUACCGACAAUGUCAAAAGUGCAACAAAUAUUCCACCUGAUACCUCAAAGAUGACUUAUUAUUCCUUGACUAAGGAACACCAAACGUCCAUUAUCAACAUGAUUGACACCAUCGACGCUAUAUCUAUUAUAUAUUAUGCAAUUGACACCUUCAAGUUGAUACCUCUUCUUAUGUCUGGUGGCGAAUAUGAAGACAAAGGCACUACUUUGUGUCGACUGUUAUUACGACAAGGAUAUUACAAUGAAGCUAUUUCUUGUAUUCUCAAAUUACAUCAACAAGGAAAUUUUCCAAUUGCUCAGUUUGCAGGAUACAUGUUCAACGUUGGUCAAGGUGGUCUUCUUCCUGUUUAUGCUAAAGACAAGCCUACUAUUCAAUAUAGUCUGCUAUCCUAUAUCAAUAUUCAGUUACGAUACAAUUUUGCUGGUAUUUUAGGUGUGGUCAAUCCAGAGACACUCAAGGACGUUGAAAAGGACACUACGAUUUUACCACCAUUACAACGGAUGAGGGAAAGGCGAUUUCAAAAGGAACUCUUGACUUGUGGUUUGAAACUAGUGGAACAAUUGGGCAUUCCCGAAGAUAAAUACUACUUUAUCUGGCUAUCACAACAGUAUGCGUCAUUGAGAUGGGUUAUCUCAGCUCGAUCUGCUCAGCAAGCAAUGGAAAACAAUUAUACGAUUGAAGCAAGUUCAAACUACAACGGAUUAGUAGAAUUAGUGGUGGAAGGAAGCGACGCUUUAGGCAAACUGGCAAUUAAGGAACUGGUAGAUCUAGGUGAUGCUAUUGGAGCACAGUAUUUCGCUAUUCACUUGCAACAAAUAACUUUUUUUGAAUUCUAUCAAUCGUUACAACCAUCUGAACGUAUGCUUGGUGUGAUCAAAGGCGAACAAAUAUCUCAUAGCUUGUCUACCUAUCACAACAAAAAGUCACGCAUCAAUACAAAUACUGAUUUGAUCUAUACUCUUCCAAAUUCUGUGGAAUGUAUUAUUGUGGAUGAUGAACCAGGUGUCAUCGCAAUGAAGCAUGAUUUGGUAAAUAGCAAAGUCUGUGGUCUGGAUUCUGAAUGGGUACCUACAAUUGCAAAAUCUGGAAAAGUACAAACAGCGUUGAUUCAAAUUGCCACCGAUAACAAUACUGUAUAUCUUUUGGAUCUGAAAACGUUACUCAAGCCAUCCAAUGUUUAUUUACUCAGCUUGACGGAAAGUAUUCUUCGUCAAGUAUUCGAAUCCAAAACCUGUUUGAAAUUAGCCUAUGAAUUUGGUGGAGAUCUUAGUUUAUUGGGAUCUUGUAUGCCAGGGGUCAAGAGUUGGCAUAUAUCCAAUUUUAAAGAUAUGAACAAAAUUCGACAUUUCAACAACAACAAAUUGGGACAGCCGAUCACAGGUGGUUUGGCUGGUGUGGUAACUCAUUUCUUGGGUGUUUCCAUGAACAAAAAGCAACAACUUAGUAACUGGGAAAAAAGACCAUUGACAAUAGAACAAAUCCAUUAUGCUGCCUGUGAUGCGUAUUGUUUGUUGGAAAUCUAUCAAACACUUACAAAUCUAGGUCAUCCUUUUACCAUUGAUACCCCUGUUGUCAAGACUCUCAUACCCACAAUGAAUGCAUCUUCUUCGUUUGUCAAGCCUACUUUGCCAUCCUGCUCAUCUUCCCCUUCAUCUUCACAUCCCCCUUCAGAUGAAAAUGGGCGUGCUGGAAACCCCAUCCAUUUUAUUACUUAGUUUUGGAUCUCUUUUAGGUUACUUAUCUCCACCUCCUCCAUAUUUGUAUAUUUGUUUGUUUUUUAUUUGAUUUUGUUAUUGCUGAU